UUGGUAAUCCAGUCUGAUCGCUGGUCGUCUGAUAAAAACAGGACUUAAAGAAAGAAGAAAGAUAAUCGACACACUCACUCACACAACCUUCCUCGCGCUCGACUCAAAACACUUUGAAAAUGAAAGCAAUAAGCCCCGUGCGGUCCUUCCGGAAAAACAACGCCAACCUAACGGAGCACUCCUUGGGAAUCUCUCGGAGCAAGACCCCGGUGGACGACCCUCUCAGCCUGCUGUACAACAUGAACGACUGCUACUCCAAGCUGAAGGAGCUCGUGCCCAGCAUUCCCCAGAAUAAGAACGUCAGCAAGAUGGAAAUCCUGCAGCAUGUCAUCGACUACAUCCUGGACCUGCAGAUCGCGCUUGACUCCAGUGUCGCACUCACCAGCCUGCAUCACCAGCCUGCGCGGCCGGGGCAGGCUCCAUCCAGGACCCCUUUGACCACCCUCAACACAGAUAUCAGCAUCUUGUCAUUACAGUCCCCGGAGUUGCCAUCAGAGCUGAUGACAGAUGACAGCCGGACUCUGCAUCGUUAAAGCGGUGUUUGGUCAAGACGCAAAAAACACACACAGACAGGACCUGGGGAGCAGGACUUUCCUCCCCUCCUUCAACUCCUUCACCUCCCCCUCAAAAUCCAACCUCUGUCCUCCAGGCCUGGAUUUUUCUUUUUUUUUUUUUUUCCUCUCUCUCUGACGCUGAAAUCAAGAGACUUUUGCUUAUUAUGGGACAAUCUUAUGUGAUGUGUUUUUGUUUGGACACUUAUUAUUUAACUUAAGACUUUUUUUUUAUUUGUUGGUCCUUUCUGGAAAUGGAAGGCACGUUAUAUUCCCAACAGUGGGAGGAAAAACGAGAUUAUUGUCACAAGGAUUAUUUCCAACCCCCUCUUCCUCACCCCCUUGUCCCCUCUCCUUGUUGAAGUCUUCGCUUUUUUUGCGGAGGUGGGAACGUGAAUAGAAAAGACGACUUGGUUAGUUACUGUAAAAAGUUUAGUCUUGUCUUGUCAGAAUUGUUGGCACAUGAAGGACUGGACGUUGUUUGAAAAAAAAAAAAAAGUUAAAAAAUGAGAGAAUGAAAGCGUGUGAACUCUUAUCCGGAGUUUAUCUUGUAUAGUUGCAGGAAUUUGAAACUUCUGCAAAAGUGUAAUGUUGUACUUAAUUAUGCUGAAACUUUUUAUAAAAGUAAUGUAAAUUGUACCUUUUUAUACAAAAAUAAAUCAAAAACGCAAGUUGAA